GUUUUCGAAACCCCGAUUGCACCCACUGUUUUUCUUGAGUCUCGAGAAGUAUAGUGUUUAUUGAUGACGACAACGAUUAAGAACAACAUGAAUCUUGUUGAGGCCGAAGAUGAUGGUGAUGGAGGUGAAGAACAAAUCGAGGUUUCUGAAUCUGAAGUAGAAGGGACGGAGUGUGUUGAGAAGAAGAAUGGUAGGAAAAGAGGUCUGGACAGGAACACUGAUACUAAAUCUCAAGAGAAAAAAAAUAGGCCAUGUGUUCUUCAGAAGCAGGCUGUUUCUAUAGAAGAAGAACGGGAAAUGACGAUUAUUGUUGUCUUGUCAAGUGAUGAUGAAAGCGAGUCCCCAGAAGAAGCAGAAGAAGGUAUGGCUGAUGCUCACACUGCUCUUAGAACUCCUGAUGAAGAUGGGAAUGGUACCAAUAAACUAAUAAACAACAAAGAGGACAAAAAAGAGAAGUGGAAGCGCAACAUGAGUACUAGGAAUGAUGGUAUCAAUCAUGCCGAUAUAUUCAAUCAUCAGGAUGAUGUUGGAGAGAAAGGAGGGAAGAAGAAACACAUGCAGUCGGCUCCGCAGAUAGAAAAUACUGGUGAAGAAGAUCAAGAUAAGAGAAGCCAGGCAGAUAUCAACUCAAGCAGUAACGAUGGACCAAAGCCAAAGUAUUAUGCCAAGAACAUGGGAAAUCUAAUUAAGGUAGUGUCAAACAUGUGCCAUCAGUGUCAAAGGAAUGACAAGGGACGAGUUGUUCGGUGCCAGAAAUGCACUACAAAGCGUUACUGUGUGCCUUGCAUGAAAAAGUGGUACCCUAACAUGACAGAGGAGAUGUUUGCUGAGCGUUGCCCUGUUUGCUGUGAUAAUUGCAACUGUAUAUCUUGUUUGCGAAAUGUGCACCCUAAAGUCAAAGAGAAGAUUGAUUUCAAACCUAAUGAUGAUCAGAAAGUUCGAUAUUCUAUUUAUAUCCUACAUGUGCUUUUUCCAUUCCUGAAGCGUCUGAAUGAGGAGCACAUUAAGGAGAAAGCAAUAGAGUCUAAAAUUCAAGGAUCUUCUUUAUCGGAGGUACGGUUGAAAAAGGUGAACUGCAGUUUGGACGAACGCAUGCGCUGUGACUGCUGUAAAACGUCAAUUUUUGACUUGCAUAGAAGCUGCCCUUCUUGUCAUUAUGACCUUUGCCUUCAAUGUUGCUUUGAAUUACGAGAUGGCAACCUUCAAGGAAACAAGGAAGAGGUUAUGUUUGAAUUUGAUAAUCCAGGUUUUGAUUACUUGCAUGGGGGGAAACCCCUUAAAGUUAAGAAGGCUUCUGAAGAUCCUGCACCAGAGGAAAAACAAAAUUAUGACUGGAAGUCUUUGGAUGAUGGUAGAAUUCCAUGUCCUCCAGAAAGCAUGGGUGGUUGUGGACUUGGGAUUUUAGAGUUGAUGCAUGUAAACCAACUUGACAGUUUUUCAGAAUUGUUAGAGAAAGCACAAAAGUUCUUAAAGAUGCACAAACUGGAGGAUGAUAUGCAAGAUAUGCCUGAGAAAUGGUGCUCAUGUUCAGAUGCUGAUGGUCAGCAGUUACGUAAAGCUGCUUCUCGUGAAGAUUCAAAUGACAAUUACUUGUAUUGUCCACAUGCUAUAGACAUAAAACCUGGAGAUUUAAAGCAUUUUCAGUGGCAUUGGUCAAAAGGGGAGCCAGUAAUAGUCAGCAAUGUUCUAGAAACCACACUUGGGUUGAGUUGGGAGCCCAUGGUCAUGUGGCGGGCUUUUCGCCAGGUUAUGAAUACCAAACAUGAUAAGCUCUUGGAUGUGUCUGCUUUUAAUUGUUUAGACUGGUGUGAGGUUGAUAUUAAUGUUCAUCAAUUUUUUUCUUGGUAUAUGGACGGUCAAUAUGAUAACAAAGGGUGGCCUACGAUCCUAAAGUUGAAAGACUGGUUACUAUCAAAUUCAUUUGAAGAACGGUUACCACGUCAUGGUGUUGAGUUCAUCACUUCCUUGCCCUUCAAAGAAUAUACACAUCCUCGUGAUGGAUACCUUAAUCUUGCAGUCAAGUUGCCUGAAAAUUCUUUGAAGCCAGACAUGGGUCCUAGAACCUAUAUAGCUUAUGGUGUUCAUCAAGAAUUGGGACGUGGGGACUCUGUAACUAAACUUCAUUUUGACCAGUCUGAUGUGGUGAAUUUGUUAACUCAUACUGCAACUGUGACCCCCAACUCCAAACAGCUUAAACAGAUAAAUAUAUUGAAACAGCAGCACAAGGCUCAGGAUCAAAGGGAACUUUUUGGACUGGUAGGGAAGACACAACAGGAUGUUGAUAACACAAAAGAUGCUACUUCCGAGCAUGCUGUUGGCUUGAAGAAACAAGAAGAGGAAACUGGUACUUGUGUGGAUGGAUUUGAACUGGGAGAGGGAGGCGCUCUGUGGGACAUCUUUCGGAGGGAAGAUACUCCUAAACUUGAGGAAUAUCUCAAAAAGCACUUCAGAGAGUUUAGAGAUGUCUUUUGUCUUCCACUGCAACAGGUUAUCCACCCAAUUCAUGACCAAACAUUUUACUUAACCAUGGAGCAUAAAAGGAAACUCAAGAAAGAGUUUGGAAUUGAAGCAUGGAGUUUUGUCCAAAAGCUUGGAGAUGCUGUCUUUAUACCUGCUGGCUGCGCUCAUCAAGUUAGAAAUUUAAAGUCAUGUAUAAAAGUUGCAUUAGACUUUGUUUCUCCUGAAAACGUUGGUGAAUUAAUCCAGUUGACAGACGAUAUCCGCCUUCUUCCCCAAAAUCAUAAGGCUAAAGAAGAUAAGUUGGGGGUGAAGAAAAUUGCACUUCAUGCCAUGGAGACAGCUGUGAAGGACUUGGAAAAUUUUGUUCCCAAGAACUCUCAAUAUUUUGAAGACUCCCAAGAUUAUUUAAAACCUCAAUGCUCUGAAAACAUAGGGUCUUUUUCAAAUCUUAAUAAAGGUCUAAUCAAUGACAAUCUCCAAAGCCCACAAAAUACUGAAAAUGGUGCAAAAGGUGAAGACAUGGGACUACAUAUAGAUCAUGACACAACAAGUGAACGAGGGGACUAUUCUGUCCACUCCAAUCAAGAAACGCCAGAUAGUGGUGGUUCUACAAUUCGCUCUUCUUCAAGUAGAGACACAUCUAAUAUGGAAGAAGGUAAGGGAUCACUGUCCUCUUCGUCUCUUAAUGACUUAGUUGCAGAACUCCGUGCCAUUAGGGUUAUUAGAGACAGAGAGGUUGAAGUCAUGAAAAAAAGAGUUGAAGUCAUGGAAAAAAGACUUGAAUUCAAGCAAAAAAGGGAAGAAAGGAAACUCAAAAAAGAAGAAAGGAAGACUAAGAAUUUUUAUCUCAUGCAUCUCAAUACACUGUUUGCGAAAGAGCACUUGUCGACAGAAGAUGAAGACAUCAAACGCCAUUUCUUGGCAAUGUUGUUCGGGAAGUGAUUACAGUUUAGUUUACAUGCAUUUUCUUGAUAUUUUUUGCUCAUUAUUUACAAGAAAAUGACACACGUCUACGAUUCCUACUUUUGUCUAUCUACCAUGUAAGUGCGACAUGAACACCAAUAACAAUACAACAUGUGUCAUCAGGUCCUCGAUGGGACUUACAAACCGGAAACACUUGUACGUGAAGCAAAUAUAGCAUUAAUUUUGUACGUAUGAGUUUGACUAAAUACAUUUGAUUUUGUUGGAAAUUAGAAUCCCAUUUCAGUCAGGAAAUUGUAAUUG